ACCAACUCAAGCAGCAAGCCAUCAACUAGCUCUCCUCUGCUUCUUCUUCUUGCUCUCCGCCAGCAAAGCAAAGCAGGCUAGCUCCACUUCACUAAGCCAACAAGCCUCACACCUCCUUUGCUGCGAUCAUCAUCAAGGGUUAAGCCUCCUAAUAAAUGGGCAGCUUGGACACCAACCCAAUCUCCUUCUCUGCCUUCACCGACGACAAGACGGCGUUCGAGCCUCUCAACCCCGAAGAUGUCCGCGCAUACCUCCACAAGGCCGUCGACUUCAUCUCCGACUACUACAGCAACGUCGAGUCCAUGCCCGUCCUCCCCAACGUGAAGCCGGGAUACCUGCAGGACGAGCUGAGCGCGUCCCCGCCGACCCACUCCGCGCCGUUCGAUGUCACCAUGAAGGAGCUCAGGACCUCCGUCGUCCCCGGCAUGACGCACUGGGCUAGCCCUAACUUCUUCGCCUUCUUCCCCUCCACCAACAGCGCCGCUGCCAUCGCGGGUGACCUCAUCGCCUCUGCCAUGAACACUGUCGGAUUCACGUGGCAGGCCUCGCCCGCGGCCACCGAAAUGGAGGUUCUCGCUCUUGACUGGCUUGCGCAGCUUCUGCGCCUACCCACCACCUUCAUGAAUCGCACCAGUACUGGAUGUGGCACCGGCGGUGGUGUCAUCCUCGGCACAACCAGUGAGGCAAUGCUCGUCACGCUAGUAGCCGCCCGUGAUGCAGCGCUGCGUCGGAGCGGCUCAGUCGGCGUGUCCCAUCUACCACGCUUGGCUGUCUAUGCUGCCGACCAGACCCACUCCACGUUCUUCAAGGCAUGCCGGCUCGCAGGUUUUGAUCCCGCCAACAUCCGCUCCAUCCCCACCGGGCCGGAAACUAACUACGGGCUUGACCCGUCCAAGCUUCUCGAGGUAAUGCAAGCUGAUGCCGAUGCCGGUCUCGUGCCAACAUAUGUCUGUGCCACGGUGGGCACCACAUCUUCCAAUGCCGUCGACCCAGUGGGCUCCAUCGCCGACGUUGCCACCAUGUUCAAUGCAUGGGUCCAUGUCGAUGCUGCCUAUGCUGGCAGUGCGUGUAUCUGCCCAGAGUUUCGCCACCAUCUCGAUGGCGUCGAGCACGUGGACUCUAUUAGCAUGAGCCCACACAAAUGGCUUCUCACGUGCCUCGACUGCACCUGUUUGUAUGUCCGCGAUGCUCACCGACUGAGUGACUCGUUGGAGACAAACCCGGAGUACCUCAAGAAUGACGCUACCGAGUCCGGUGAGGUCACCGAUCUGAAGGACAUGCAGGUUGGCGUUGGUCGGCGCUUCCGUGGGCUCAAGCUUUGGAUGGUCAUGCGUACAUAUGGUACCGCAAAGCUCCAAGAGCACAUCCGUAGUGACGUUGCCAUGGCGAAGAUGUUUGAAGAUUUUGUCCGUGCCGACAACAGGUUCGAGGUGGUUGUACCGAGGAACUUUGCUCUUGUGUGCUUUAGGAUCAAGCCAAGUGGAGCCAUGACGGAAGAGGAUGCCGAUGAAGCCAACCGUGUGCUAAUGGAGAAUCUGAACAAGACUGGCAAGGCUUAUCUUGCGCACACGGUGAUUGGUGACAAGUUCGUGCUCCGGUUCGCUGUUGGGUCGUCACUUCAGGAGGAGAGGCAUGUGAGGAGUGCAUGGGACCUUAUCAAGAAGACUACAAGCAGUAUCAUGGAUUAAGUGGACGGACCUACUGACACAGAAAGUUCCAGGAGAUGCACAAAUCCUUAUAUUCAGGGCAUGGAUACUCUUUUUUUCUUUCUUUUGCUUUGAUUCUGAUUAUUAUUUAUUUGGACAUCUUGUUCUUAUUCCGUUUUGUUAUCUGUAUCGACCGACGGUAUAUCUGUAGCAGGCUGAUACAAAAAAGAUGAUUAUAGAUUGUAAAAGGGCUUAUAUUGAAUGAACAAGAGCUACUGUUUUUAUUUGUUAUAUUAAA